AUGCAUCUAGGGAUGACAUCCCUCCUGCGCUCGAGCCUUUUCUUCCUCUUGGUGGUAAUCACCAAAGUCUCCGUGGGUAGCUCUGAUAGCACCCACCCUCCUCCUUCCUUGCUCUCUCAAAGUGUCCUUCGAGGUGGAUCCCAGGUAGAAUCCCUGGGCCCCAAGGGGGGUGUGAGGCUGCCGAGAAGGCAGGGGUAUGCCUGUCAUACAGCGCGGCCGGACGUUUGUUACAACGAAGAGUUUGAGGAGGACGGGGAUUCGAAGAUGGGAAUCCCUACCAGACAGUACAGGGAGUGCCUGCAACCCGGAAGCGACCCGGCGACAGUCGCAGGAGAAGCCUCCUACAAUGAUGAUGAAGUGAACCCUCCCCCGCACAGGACAGAGCCCCCGCAGAGCGCUAAACCUGUGGAGUUCGGACACGUGUGCGGGAAUCUGAAGAAGAUGCUGAUAUCAGGAGGGAACCAAGCGCACAUUCGGAAAGAGCUCAAGGAGAUGUUUUGCACCAUCUUGGCCUCCAGUCCUGACGACAUGACCGCACUCUUGUGCUUUCUUAGAGAUCAGAUCUCUUCGCCGACACUGGCUGGUAUCGAACUGAUUCCCUCCAGCAUCAUCGUCAAGGCGCUGGCUGAGUCUUGUGGCAAGACCUUCGACGGCGUGCGAGAUUGUAUCGCCCAGGCGAGCCCUCCUCUCCUCCCCUGUUAA